CCAACAAAUUACCAUAAAAGCGUCACUUGUGGAAAAUUAGCAAAUAUUAUAAAACAUAAAAUAAAAUAAAAAAUCAAUACAUAUUGAUACAUGCACUGUAUGUCAGGUCUUACAGAGCUAAUGUGUUUUUUUGUGACAAAAACAAUUUAAGGGCAGGAUUUGAAUUUCUGAAAAGAAAUGUUUAUUUUCCUGGUGCUAUUGCAAAGAUUUUUACUGUUUGAAAACAACCUUUGGUAUCGAAAAGAACACAUCUAAUACUUUCUUUUAUUUAUUUAUGUUGCUUGCUGUACAUAUCACAAAAAACAGCGAUGGUCAACUAACAGAGGACACAUUUUUACCAGCCCACAGUUAAUACAAUUGCCAUUUACAAAGUAAUAUUAUGAAAUAGGUUAUAAAACAGGGCUUUAUUUUCUGUUAUGAUUCAUUAUGUGGCUUUGAAACUCUUGUCCCCACACACCUAAAAUUGAGCUAUCAGACAUCUAGCACUUAUCACUAUGAAUGCUAAUUAUCUCAGGCCGAAAUUGCACCCACUGCCCACUCUUGUGUUAACAGACCAUAAAUGGCACUGACACAAGCACUGUAAAUAGUGUCCAGUCUCAAAGGGCAUUCUGUGUUGUCAGUCAGUGUCUGUGCUGCGCCAAGAAAACCACAACCUUUUGACAAUUGCACGUGUUUUCUAUAGUUUUACAUACAAAUCCAUCACAAUGUGUUGUACAGGAAAAUGUGCGCGGUUAGUGGGGCUAACACUUCUGCCUUCAGCUUUUUUGUGUAUAAUAGCCAAUUUACUUUUGUUCUUCCCUAAUGGAGAGAAGUUGGAAACAGGACAGAUAUCCCUGCAGGUCUGGCUUAUGGGAGGACUUCUUGGUGGGGGACUGUUUAUGUUGUGUCCAAGCUGCUCUGCCAUCAGAGCUGGGGGCAAAGGCUGCUGUGGUGCAGGUUGCUGUGGAAACCGUUGCCGUAUGCUGAAUUCUGUGUUAUCAUCUGUAUUUGGCAUUAUUGGGGCAGUCUACUGUGCCUGUGUUGCAGCUGCAGGACUGGCUGUUGGACCAAAAUGCCAAGUUGAGGGUGGAAAUUGGGAAUAUCCCUUUGAGAAUAUGCCAGAAGGGAACAGCAGUUACCUGGUGGAUAAGAGCAUUUGGUCCCAUUGUUUUUUCCCUGAGAAUGUGGUUCUCUGGCACAUUGUGCUGUUCUCCAUAGUUUUGGGUCUGGGUUUGCUCCAGGUGGUCCUCUGUGCCAUUCAGGUCUUGAAUGGAUGCCUGGGCUGCCUCUGUGGAGACUGCCGGGAGAAAAAAGAGGAUGAUGGAGGUCUGUGAUUUCUGCUGGGGAGAAAAACAACAAACAAAAGAACCCGAGUAACAUUGAUUUCAGCUGUAAUCCUUACAACAAGGGCAAGAGCUCUCACAAGACCAACAAACUCCAAACUUUAGGCCUAUGCAAAGGCCCUCUACUUAUAAAUUCUGCAAUCCAAGCACUAAAAAUAGAUGUUUUGUACAUGUUUAACUGUAGUUUUUAAUGCAUUUUUGUAGUAAUACUAUUGUAGUUGUAAACUCAAACUACCGUCACUUGAUGAUAGCAUCAAUAUCUUUUUCCUAUAAAAAAACUAUAUAAAAUUCUUUGUCUUUAAAAAAAAAAAAAAAAAACUUUUCUGCACUUUGAAAUAAUCAACAUAAAGAUAUGAGUCUUAGCACCAUGUGAUCCUAAACUAUUUCCAUUCACAAUGAAUGUCAUUUUCUGACAUUUAUUUGCUGACAUCAUUCAUUAAUCAUUAAAUGCAGUUUGCUGCCAAUAGCUAUAAAUUAUUAACUCAUCAUAAGUAAUGUCUAUCUUUAGAGUUCGCAUCAGAUUACAUGAGAGGGAUACUUCCUCUACAAGUUACAUAAAAACCCCUGAGUGUUUUAUUUUUCUGGUAUUCUUGGCAGGAGGCAACAAUUUUUUCAGUUCCAUCCUAGUUUCCAUUGCAGUAGUGAAGCUCUAAAUCCAGAGGCUGGUUUGUUGUUCAUUUUCCUUCAAAAUGGUUUGAUAAAGCCAGUGUGUUAGAUUUUUAUUAUUACACAUGUCGAUUACUGUUGAGCUUUUGCACCACUUGCAAUAUUUUAGAAUGACACUGGAUCAAACCAGAUCUUAAAGGGAUAGUUCACCCAAAGAUGAAAAUUAUCUCAUUAUUUACUCACCCUCAUGAUAUCCCAGGUUUCUUCACCAGAACACAUUUGAAGAAAAAUAGAAUAAUGUCUUAGCUCAGUAGGUCCUAAAAAAGUGAAUGGAGAUUUCUCUUUUGAAGCUCCAAAAAUCACAGACAGUCAGCAUAAACAUCAUCGAUUCGACUCCAACAGUUAAAUUAAUGUCUUCUAAAGCGACACGAUCACUUUUGGUGCGAAAAAGAAUAAUAUUUAAGUACUUUUUUUUUACUUAAAUCAUGCUUCCGUUCUGCAGCGGUAUGCACGUGUGACGUAAUCGCAUUGGCAUUUGAAAUGCGAGAACUGAUGCACGUGCAUAACAGCCAGAAGAGCAGCGCUGUUUACAAGUGAAGGAGGAACGCUUUACAGUGGCUUGGCUGGUUUUGGUUUAGAUGUGUAUUGAUCUGUUUCUUUACUCACAAUGGUGCAUUUGUGUGCUCAUCCUGGUUCUCAACUGAGUGGAGAACGUGAGAAUACAUCUGUAUCCAUGGCAAUGCAAAUAUGUCACAUGAGAGACUGCUUGGACUCCACCCUCUCCUGAAGCGUUGGAUAAAAGUACUUAAAUAUUGAUCUUUCUCGCUCCAAAAACGAUCAUGUUGCUUUAGAAGACAUUAAUUUAACUGCUGGAGUCGUAUCGAUGACAUUUAUGCUGUGAUUUUUGGAGCUUCAAAAAUGAAAUCUCAAUUCACUUGCGUUUUAAGGACCUACUGAGCUAAGAUAUUUUUCAUUGAAUGUGUUCUGGUGAAGAAAGAAAGUCAUGCACACCUGGGAUAUCAUGAGGGUGAAUAAAUAAUGAGAGAAUUUUAAUUUGUGGGUAAACUAUCCCUUUAAUCUAGCUGGUAAACAGUAGGCCAGACCACUGCUGGUGGAGGCCAGACUUGCAGCUGUGUAAACAUUCAUUCAACGAAACAAGAGACUAUUACAAGAGCAUGGACCAUAUUCACAAGGGACCUCAGAUCUACAUACAUACACAUGUCUGUCAAAAUACUCAGUAAUGUCUGUAAAAAAAAAAAAAAAAAGUCCUUUUAAAUUUUCAAUUAAAUCUGGAAGCUGUAGUCACCAGAAUUUCAUUGUAAAAAAUACUGAAAUUUAUAGUGCCUGUAUAUCUUACAUUUCAUAUCCAUAUGGUUUAGUUCACACAAAACUGAACAUUUUGUUGUCCUUUUCCUCUUAUUGUGUUACAAACUUGCAUGACUAUCUUGCUCCCGUGGAACACGAGACGAGCAAUUUUGAAGAAUGCUGAUGCUUAUCUUUUUUCCAUACAAAUAAAGUCAAUGAGGACUGAGGCUGUGAGCUAACA